AUGAGUAAUGACUGUUACCGAGAAAUAAUAGAAAAGAAAGCCUUGGCUUAAACACAGCUGAAACAAGUAAAUGGAAUAUCAAUUUUUAUUAGCUAUAUUCAUUAAAAACUAACUUAAAAUAAAUUAAAAAAUAAUCAUAUGGAUUUAUUCCAGAUUAGAUGAUAAUUGAAGAAAAUAAAUACUCCUAUAUCAUCAAAUUUAAAGAAUUAUCAGAUUGUGUAGAAUUGGGUUAAGGUCGCAAUUUUGAUGCAGUGUUCUUCGGUCAAGAAACUAAAAAAUUUUAGAUAUUAAAACAUUUUAUAAUUAUGCGAUUUAUUAAUUUGGCAAUUACUCUAAGCAAAUAUGGGUAAGAAUAUAUGCUAUUACAGAAUUCAUCUUCCAAUGCUGAACUGUCAUCACUUUAUUCUUGGUACAGAUUCGAAAUAAUCAUAGAACAUUGGCUACAGGCAUGUUUACUUAGCCAAUUUUAUCACUGAAGAAUUAAAACAUGAUAAUGAGUAAAUAAAAAUGAAUAAAAAUGUACCCAAGGAGAUAUAGGAUUCGUUAGGUUCUAAUUCGGCAAAGGAAAUUUAGUUUAAUGAGAAAAUGACAGUUUUCUCAUUAGGUUGCAUUAUAUGCUAUCUACAUACCUAAAAUCAUCUUAUUGAUGUCGAUUUGGAUAAUAUUUAUAAUAAUCUAUUAAGGGAAUUAUUAGAGAAAUGUAAAGAUACAAGCCAAGGGAGACCAACAUUAAUUGAACUAAAACAUAAAUACCUAUUAAUAUUUAUAACAGAGUAAAUUUUAGAUUUAGGAACUUUAGAAAUUGAAGCAUAUAAAAUUGAAGGUUUUAUUAAUGUCUUUAUAACUCCUGAUGAAUAAAUUACUGGAAGACUUUGUGUAAUGGAAUUCUUUACAAAAUUAAAAUUUGUUUCAUCAUUUUUUCACAAAAUGGUUACAAAGAAUCAAAAUUCAUAGUAGUUUUCAAGUUAAAAAUUUGAGGGUUGUUAAAGGAAUGAAUUUAAGGAGUUUUAACAUUAUUCAAAUAUCAUAAUUUACUUAUUAGUGCAAGAGGAAUUAGCAAAACUAAAGAUAGAUUCUAAUAAAGAAUUAUCAUAAUGGGAUCAGGAUAACACAAAAGAUGAAAUUAAUGAAUUUAAAAUAAAUUACCUUGAGAGUUAUAAAACAAUUUUGGAAGAUAUCCAGAAAAUAAUAAAUAUGAAAAGUGACCCAAUAUUAAUUUAAUAAAUAAGUAAAUAUUAGGGUCUAUCUAAUAAUAAAAUUCGAGAAAUAUUUGAAAAGCUUAAAAAAACUUAGCCUCAACUUAGUUCUUCUUUAUUUAUUUGUUUUGAGUCUCUGAAUAAAGUUUUUAUAUAUAAACAUUUAUUAGAAUGCUUCUAGCCAAUUCAAAAUUUAUUGAUUCAAGAAAAUGCAUAUCGUAGAUAUGAUAUAAUUCUAGAUAAUCUAUUUAAUAACUAAGAGAAUAUCGUAAAUGAAACAAGCAUAAAAAACAUAAAAUUGAAAUAUUGA